AUGUUACAACACUCUCCACUGCGCCGGAGCCCUCGUUUGAAAGGUGAUAGCGUAACAUCUGAGCCUUCUGAUGGUACACAGCCAGUGUCAUCCGCAGCCAGCGGCACACAAACAACUACACAAGCAAGAGAUGCCGUUAAAAUUAAAAACGUGACUUCAACACCACCCGUCCAGAUGCAGCCAGCAUCUACCGAUGAUAGUAAAACUGCUACAUCUGCCAAUGCCAAAGGUGCUCAACAGACACAGUCCGUGUCAAAACCACCAGCAAGCCAUUCCAAAGUCAGCACACCAGUUCAGACGCUACCGAAGACAUCAUCUACCAGCGUGCUAGAAAUGCAAAAACACAUUGCCAUGUUACAGCGUCAACUUUCGGAUGCUCAGGUGAAGCUUUCUGACAGUAAUCGCCAGUGCCAAGAACUACAGUCAGCUAUCCAAAGACAAGACCAGGUAAGUGACCAUAACCUCAAACAUGUUAGUGCUUCACAAUCAACAAUUUCCGCCAUUGACCAACCGCCACCAACAACAUUCGCAUUGCAUUAUAUAAGUCAACCAACGAAUACAUCGACAACUUACACAGCCGCCAUGUCUUGUAUGCAAACUGCUUCGACAUCCAGCAGCAUCGCUGCACUGCCGACGCAAGCAGCACAGACAUCAAACGAUUCGUUGGUUCUGCCGUCAUUUUGUGAUACAAACACAAACAUGCCUUCGAUGCAAACAGCGCCUACUAUUACAAACAGAACCAAUACGCCGACGCAAGCUGCACCUGCAUUUAAUCACAUGUAUGUGUCGCCCGCCACAAACAAUCCGAUACCGCCAUUUUGGGAAUUAAGUCAACAGCCCUCUACUGCAAACACAAUCCCGAAUUCAACCAUCAUGCCAAGGAAAACUCAAGAUUUGCCAGACUUUUGCGGCGAUCCAGAAGACUGGCCCUUAUUCUACACAGCGUUCACUCAGUCGACUGCAGCGUAUGGUUAUACGAAUUUAGAAAAUAAUCAACGUCUACAAAAAUGCCUAAAGGGAAAUGCGCGAGAAGUAAUUAAAUCUUUGUUGAUUCAUCCUGACAACGUUGAUGCCGUCAUAGAGCAACUUAAAUUUCGGUUCGGCCGCCCUGAGCAGCUCAUCCAUAGUCAGCUACGUCAAGUAAGGGAUUUGCCGCAAGUUUCAGAAAAUAAUUUAGUAAAGCUGGUUCCGUUUUCCACUAAAGUUAAAAAUUUAGCAGUUUUUUUACAAUCAGUGAAUGGUCAACAGCAUAUAGCUAAUCCGACUUUAUUGGAAGAGUUGAUAGCGAAACUGCCCAUGAGCAAAAAAUUGGAUUGGGCCAGAACAGCUGCAAGUAUUCAACCAUACCCUACUAUUAUUGAUUUUAGUAACUGGCUUAGUGAUGUGGCCAACUUAAUAUGCAGUGUUCAGGAAGUUGACCAAAAAGAUCAGAAACGCCGAGUCUUACUACAUACCACCACGGCAAACCAACCAAAAUGUCCUAUAUGUCAAAAUCCUCAUAAAAUUUAUGAUUGUGAUCGUUUUUUAAAUAUGAAUACACAGGAUCGAUGGAAGGAAGUAAAAAGGAUUCGAGCGUGUUUUUCAUGUUUGAACGUUGGUCAUACCACCCGAGAAUGCCGCCGUAAGAAAACAUGCUCGAAUAAUGGAUGUCAACGCAAGCAUAACAAACUACUUCAUGAGAACACACCUUGUGAUCCAUCUUCUACAUUGCCAUGCCCUACCAACCAACCUCAAGAAAAUGUCCUCAGCUGUUCUGCUAAAAGUAACAACAAAUUGUUAUUUAGAGUUUUACCUGUAACAUUGUAUGGUAAAAAUUGUCAUAUGGAUAUAUAUGCCCUGUUUGAUGAUGGCUCAUCCAUUACAAUGCUAGACAGAGAAGUGGCAGAUAAAAUUGGCGUCCAUGGAAAAAAUUGCCCUCUAAAUAUCCAAUGGUUCGGUGGAAGAUCAGCCUGUGAACCAGCUAUAUCGUUCAACGUUAAGAUAAGUGGGAGCAAUAGGAAGAGUUGCCACCUACUUAAAGAUGUGUAUGCUGUUUCUAAUUUAAACUUGCCCAUGCAAAGCCUAACGCACGAAGAAAUUGAAAAGGUAUUUAAAGGUUCACCUCAUUUACCGGUUAAACCCUACACCAACGUAGUGCCAAAAUUAUUAAUCGGUUUAGAUCAUGCAUUUUUAGGGUUGCCAUCUAUCACCAAUAACAACAACAUGACAGGUCCAUUUGCCUGUAACACUGAAUUGGGCUGGGUGGUGUUUGGUCCUUGUCAUAGACUAUCACCUAUACAACAAUCGUGCCUUUUUGUAAAUGUCAAAAGAGACGUCGACCUUCAUCAAAUAGUGACCGAUUAUUUUAACAUUGAAAAUAUGGGUGUAAGGGCAGCUCCUAUUGUGGAAUCUGAUGAAGAUGUCAGAGCCAAGCGGAUUUUGAAUGAGUCUACAAGAAAAGUUGGUGAUCGAUUCCAGACAGGUUUAUUAUGGAAAUAUGAUGAAGUGAGCUUUCCAAACAGUUAUUCUAUGGCACUUAAGCGCUUAGAAGGUAUAGAAAAGAAAAUGAAGCGUGAUCCAGUCUUCUCCAAAGCGUACAAAGAAGUCAUGCAAGGAUAUAUUGAUAAAGGAUACGUACGUAAGCUAUCUUCAGAUGACAUCAAAGUGACCAGUUUCAGAAAAUGGUAUUUGCCACAUUUUGGGGUAACCAAUCCCAAUAAACCGAACAAAUUGAGGUUAGUUUUCGAUGCCGCCGCCAGUGUACAGGACAUUUCUUUGAAUUCACAAUUGCUGAAAGGACCCCAAGAUAUUGCGUCUUUGCCGUCUACGCUUUAUAAUUUUCGCCGCGGUCAAAUUGCUGUUGGUGCCGAUAUUCGCGAAAUGUUUCACCAAAUUUUAGUGCAGCCAUGUGAUAGAAUCUCACAAAGAUUUCUUUGGAGGGAUGGAAAUACAGCAAAUCCACCGUAUGAAUACGAAAUGGUAGUUAUGACUUUCGGAGCCGCCUGUUCACCAUCCUCGGCAUUAUAUGUCAUGAAAACCAAUGCACGAGAUCAUCGCGCUUUCCAUCCUCGAGCCAUUGAAGCUAUAUGCGAUCACCAUUACAUGGAUGAUUUCGUUGACAGCUUUGACAGUGUAGAAGAAGCUGUAAGUAUUUCAAAACAAGUGAGAGAAAUUCACAAAAAUGGUGGAUUCGAACUAAGGGGCUUUAUCUCAAAUUCCGACGAGGUCAUUACAACCCUGGAUGGUAGUUUAAUAUCAAAACAAAUUCCUGCCAAUGAUGGUACAGAAAGGGUACUGGGUUUGUUUUGGGAGCCUUCUAGUGACAAUUUCAUGUUUAAUUUAAAAUUUCAUCGAGUUGACAAACUUGUCAUGUCUGGCCAACGUAGCCCAACUAAAAGAGAAGUUUUAAGCAUUAUAAUGUGA